AUCUUUAACACUUCAACGUGCUUUCGCUCCCAUCCUCUCUCCUCGAUGGCUCUCGUCGUCUUCCGCCACCUCAUCCCAUGCCAAAGACACAAAAUCCCUCUCCUCUCCCGUUUCCUAAACCCUAAAACUCCUCCCUCCUUUCGCUCCUCCCCUCUCUCCAAAACUCUAAUCCCCCACCUCAAAACCCUAACCUCUCGCGUCGCCCCUCCAGAACAAACCCUAGUCCUCACCAAGGACGAGCGGUCCGGGUCCUCGGAGCCGGCCAGGGAUGAGGUCACCCCGGAGGCGGGAACCAUCGCCGCCAUCGUUACUUCAUUGGGUGGUGGCGCGGCUGCGGUCGGUGUUGUUCGGCUUUCGGGUCCGAUGGCGGUUGCCGUGGCGGCUCGGGUGUUUCGGCCGGUGGGGAGGUCCAAGGAGGCGUCCUGCGCGGUUUCCUGGAGGCCCAGAAGCCACUUCGUCGAGUAUGGGUUUGCUUUGGACCAGAAAGGCAAUGUCAUCGAUGAGGUUUUGGCAAUUCCAAUGUUGGCACCAAGAUCUUAUACUAGAGAAGAUGUGGUUGAGCUCCAAUGUCAUGGGAAUGAUGUAUGCUUGCAUCAGGUAUUAAGAGCUUGCUUAGAAGCUGGAGCAAGGCUUGCAGAACCUGGUGAAUUUACACUUCGUGCUUUUCUAAAUGGUCGUUUGGACCUAUCUCAAGCUGAAAAUAUUGGCAGACUCAUUUCAGCUAAGUCUGUAGCUGCAGCAGACUCUGCAUUGGCUGGGAUUCAGGGAGGCUUUUCUUCUUUAGUCAAAUCACUGAGAAAGCAAUGCAUCGAGUUGAUUUCUGAAAUUGAGGCACGUUUAGAUUUUGAUGAUGAAUUGCCACCUCUAGACUCAAACAUGUUGAUCAAUCAAAUAGAUGAUAUGUGGCAUGAUGUACAGCAGGCAUUGGAUACUGCUAAUUAUGAUAAACUUUUGCAGUCUGGUUUACAGAUAGCAAUCAUUGGCCGGCCAAAUGUUGGAAAGUCGAGCCUCCUCAAUUCUUGGAGCAAAAGUGAUAGAGCAAUCGUUACUGAAAUUGCUGGAACAACAAGGGACGUGGUUGAAGCAAAUGUGACUGUUCAGGGUAUCCCUGUCACUCUUCUUGACACUGCUGGCAUCAGGGAAACUGAUGACAUUGUAGAAAAAAUUGGUGUUCAGAGAUCAGAAGCUGCUGCCCUGGCUGCUGAUGCGAUUAUUAUGACAAUAAGUGCAGUUGAUGGAUGGACUGAGGAUGAUAGGAAACUUGUUGAGCACAUUCAGAUGAAUCAGAAGUCUUCUGGUUCAGCCAUACCCAUGAUACUUGCUAUCAACAAAAUAGAUUGUGCACCAUAUUUUUCAGUCCAAACAUUUGAGACAGCAGGCAACUCUUUCAUGAAGCAUGUCCAAACAUGUGCUGUGACUGGUAAAGGAAUCCCAGAACUGGAGAGAGCUGUACUAGAUGUCAGGGGCCUUGACCCCAUUCCUCUAGGGGGGCGUAGGUGGACUGUAAAUCAGAGACAAUUUGAGCAACUCUUGCGAACUCAAGAAGCUCUCUCAAGACUGAAGUCAUCUAUAAAUGAAGAACUGCCAAUGGAUUUUUGGACAAUUGACUUGAGGGAAGCAGCAUUAGCCCUUGGGGAGAUAAGUGGGGAAGACAUUUCUGAAGAAAUCUUAUCAACCAUAUUUGGCAAAUUUUGUAUUGGCAAAUGACUCACUAAUGAGCUGAAAUUAGUAUGAUCUUGGAGAAGCAAUAGAUGAUUCAUUAUGAGUUGAUGACAAGGGAGUGGCAAUAGAGUAUAAUCAUUGGCAAAGGAUGGUGUUUAUAUAAUUAUCAGUGGCCACUGAUGCUAGUUCUGAAGGUUGAACAAUUCCAGGCCAUCAUGUCAAUGUUUGAAGGUUGAACGGGUGUCUUAUCUGAGAAGUGUAUAUACCAACGUGAACCCAGCAAAAAAGUCAAGGGUUCUCAUGUUUCAAACACCAAAUCAUGAUGGUCAACAAUAAUUAUGGCACAAAUGAAUUAUAGAGUAUUAGAUAUAGAUUUACUGAUGCUCGUGUUCAUCUAAAACAAGUAGAGAAAAGGCCAGAACAAUGAACAACAGCAAAACCACCAUGAUUUAUAAGUCAUUACUACUGAUAGCAUCACUAAUUUUUUGGUGAGUUAUGAAAUAAUUAAAUGAACAUUGAUUGUUUUGAUUUUGAAAAAAUAGUUCAGAGAAUCAUUUGACAAGUGAAAAAGAUCAUGAAUAAUUUGACUUUGUUUCCUCCCGUAGAUACCUCAAAGUUAUGGUUGUCCUAAUUCUAGAGAUUAGAAUUGUAUCUCAAUCCCCUUUGUUUUGCUGUUUUUGGGCAUAUAACUCAAUCUUCAUUUCAGCAUUUUAUUUAGUAAUCCCAUUGAAAAAUUCUCGGGAAAAAAAAAAAAGAAAUGCUAUUAAAACUUAAGCCAACCCAUCAUUUAUUGCUGACAAUUUUAUAUGAAAUUUAAUUAAUUGAAAUGUAAUGAGGCUAUGGACAUAACAAAUCAUAGUUGGCCAAGACUGCCCAUUCUUUCUUCUUCGUAAUACUCCCUUACAGCCUUUGCUCUCUCACAAGGAUCUGGUCGUCCCCUUAGUUCACAGGGUUGGGCCUUUCUGGAGAACUCCAGUACCACCUCCCUUGCUGUCUACCUCUUUCUCAACUCAUUGUCAUACUUUUUAUGCAAAGCAAGGUCUGACAGUGUCUCAUAAGCUCAGUGUAGCUCCACGAACAUUCCUCGUGAACUCAUUCUUCCCUGGAGGAGGGUAGACGUCAGGGUGGCAUCUAAAAGCAAUGCUUCUGUAGGCCUUCUUUAUCAAAUCAACACCCAGUCUCGGACUUGAGGGGGAGUACUUUGUAGAAGGUGGUCUCUACCCGCAUGUGCAAGUUGUUAGCUCUACAUGAGAAUGUGUUGAUCUUCGAAGCAUUAAACUAUAUGAGCUGAAGCUAAGGGAAACACCACACAUUGUUUAUAGGGUAUGAACUUCGGUCUGAAAUAGAUUUAGAGCAAUGGAGGAGAGGUGGGGAGAACUCAAGAUACAUAGGAGCUGGUGUGUGGAAACAAGUGAGGAGAAUAGGUGACAAGUGGCCAUUGUGAGGUGUUUGUCUCUGGAAAUCUUGAGGUUGGUUGAAGAGGCCAGAAUAUUUUCAGAGGCUUUAACAUUUCCUUGGUCCUUUUUUUUAUUUGUAUCAGUCGUAGGUUCUAACGAUUGAAUACUAUAUGACAAAGGAUUGAUUGGGUUGUGUUGACUGUACAAAAGAUUUUAUUAAGACGAGAUGGACAGUAUUUUGACUAAAACUUGGUAGCUUCAAGCUGGUGCUAAGCAAUAUUUUUUGCCAUAUGGAUCGCAAAGGAGAUUCUGAUGGAAAGUUAUGCUUGAUGCCUCAGAGAUCUGAAGACACUCAAAACCUACACACCUCCAUGACUUGUUUUGGGUCCACAUGGGAUCUGGGGAAGGAUGUGCUUGGUGCAAGGUAGUGGAAGGCUUUGGGUUAGUGAUGUGCUGGAGGUAAUUGAGCUUGAGACUGAUCAAGCCCUGCUUGAAAUUUAUUGAGUUUGAAAAUUGAAAUUAAUUUUGCCUCAUUUGUUACUUGAUCAAGUCUUUUUUUUAACCAAGCCAGAUCAGUUUGAUACCCAUUACCGAGCUCAAACCAGUUCGAGCUUGAGCUUGAUUCAAGCUCAAUUCAAGUUUCAACUGAGCUUGGUUUAAGCUUGAUUCAAGCUCACUUCAACCACAGGUGACUGAUAUUAUGCUAACUGAACUGAAGUUAGCCAUUGGAUUAGAUCCAAUAGUUAGUUAUAUGCUAAUUAAUUUGUAUUAUCAUAUUACCAACCUUGAGCCCCAUUUCAGAAAAAUGGAGGAGAUUAUUUAGGUCUGACACAGGAGGAACACCUCCUAAUUAAGGUUUGGACCUCGGAACAUCCUUUUAAUGGAGAGGUGCAAUUUCUGGGAUAUUUUUUCAUUUUGUGUAUGUUAAGCUGAUAUUCUAAUGAUAAGAUGAGAUCAUGCAUGCCAGAUGGUCGUUUAUGAAAUCUGAGGGAAAAAGGUUCCAUUUAGAACUACUAUUAAGGCUAUCUGCUUGUGCACACUUAAAUUCAUCUGAAGCUUGUUUUCAACAAGAACUGCCAUUUUGUUUUCUUAAAACUGCGAUGUUGGACUUUAAAAUAGAAUCCCAUGUCUGAUUUAUUGCAACUUCUAAACCUUCUUGGGGAUUUCCAGCUUAGAGAGAAAAAUUAGACUACAAGCUGGUACCUAUAGGUCAAUUGGUAUACGAUUUUAUCCUUAGAAGUGGUACAUUAUGGCCGGUUGCUAGAAGGUUGUCAGGUGUCAUGUCCUUGUAACGUUAAAAAUUUCAUGCAUUUGGAGGCCACUAAUUGAAUGGACCAAUGGAGGAAAAACUUGAUCUAAACGACUUGAUCAUUCUCAUAUUAUUGUCUUCUUUUAACAGACCUUCAGACAUGACAUAUAUCACCUGCUAUGAGGUUGCCCUUGUGCCAGUUGUGUGUAACUUCGCUAUAAUCAUUUGCUUCAGAUCAGGGACUCAUUGAAGAGUUUGAGAUCCCUUUUGAUGGAAUGAAGGAUUAAAAGAGUUAGAAAGGGGUGUUGAAGAGGCUGCAGCAUAUCGGUCAUGGCAUGCUACUUUGGAAAGAGAAGGAAAACGGAAAUCUUCUGAAUGACACUAUUUUUGGUCUGAAGCUGAUCAAAAUAUUAAUUACUUCCUUAGUGACUGUUUGAACUGGUUGCUUGGUAGACCCAUAGGAAAGGUGGAUGUGAUUCUUCUAAAGUUGCUUAAGUAGUUUAACCUAGGGCUGUCUUUCUCCAGUAUGGAUGUACUCUAGUUGGUUGUCUUGGUUCCUUGCUUGGGGCCCUGCAUGCUUUUUGUUGUCGUUUCCAAUUCCUGUUUGAAGUCUGUUGGAUGCUGUUUGAUGCCACCACCCCCCUAUCUCCCUCAGAUAAAGGAAUUUUACCGGUUGUAUAUCGGAAAUCAAAACAUAAAUCUUUAAGAUUGCAAUUUGUUAUACAGUUUGUCUCUUUAGCUCUUUUGGUUCUAGUUGUAUUGCUUAAAUGGUUUCCUUGAGACAGAUGAUUUUAAUAUGGAUUUAGAAGUAUAACUUCUCAAGCAAUCCAGGGUGAAGAAAAGGUCAGUGCCUAGUGUGUAAAUCAAGAUUUCAGCACAGUAGAAUCGUUCAUGUAGUACUGAAUAAUGUGAUACAUGUGUUCUAGAAAGGGACUGGUUGAAUAGGUUCACUUUUUUGAGCAAAGACAGGUUCAACAAUAAACAUCAGUGUUUAAUAAAACAUAUGUUUGAUCUAAUAGCAAGGUAGAGCUUAUCUCAAAGCAUAUGAAAGCUAGAUUGUCUUCUUGUUGAGAUAUUUUAAUUGAGAAGACUGCCAAUCAAAAUAUGCUUAUGAUGUUGAACAUUGGUUUUUUAUUGUUGACUCAUCACAUGUGCACUCAAAUUUUGCGUCUUCUUCUGAUAGCAAUUCUCUUUAAUGCUGAACCAGUCUUCCGAAUAACCUAAUGGCAAACAUCCCUUGGCAUUGGUGGCAAAUCAUCCAAAUUGUUGCAUAUCAAAGAUCCUUCCAUGAGUAGUUUAAUCUAGCCUAACUAAACACCAAAGAAAAUUUAAUAAUGGAUUUUGUAGUUUAAGAAAGAUUUGGCCGGCAAUCACAUGCUUCUAAUGCUUGUGGACAAAAUUGCAAUCCAUGGCCCUGCAAUAUAUUACUACCUCAACAUAGUAGACGAAAUAAGUAUGAGCCUUGGUGCAACAAUGUUGCUUCAUCAUGAUUUGGAUGUUAUGAGUUUGAAACAUAAAAAUAAUCUCUCCACACGUUGGAGUGAGCCUAUAUAUAUUUGAUAUUUUUUGUGCCCUAGGCUGCUUUUUUUUUAUUUUAUUUUUUUAACACAACAUGGUAAAUCUGUAAUAUAAAACAGAGGUUAAGACGGUGAUGGCCUUAAAUUCUAAUAUAAAAAAUCAUAUUUGAGAUU